GUACGACGUUUCCCAGUUACUUAUGGAAUAAAGUGAAUUCCCCAUAUCAUCAUACGUCGAGUUUUAGAUAAUUAUAUGGCCCAAUAGCCCCAAGUGCCUACUUUCAGAAUAGAUACGAUUUUACCCUAUAAUGAUGGUUUUUCAUCGGGUUUUCGAUGUUUAGCCUAUAGCAUCCCUAAGAAGAACAAGACCACCGGUUGCGUUUUGAAUAAUGUUUGAUUGAAAAGAGCUAGAGAGCUCCGGUUUUCACCAUUCGAAAGAGAAGACUUGGAAGCAUGUUUGCAUAACCAAAAUCUUUUCAAGAACAGUUUUGUGAAAUAGGGUUAUAAGAAGGCGUUUGAAAAUCUAGGUCGCGCGUAAAAACGUCCCGUAGAUUUGUUUUGUUUUUAAUUCAUGGACUGAUAGCCUGAGGUGUCGUCUUCGGAAUGGGAGCCAAGAGAGUCCUUGAGUUUCCGACCUAAAGUUCAACUAGAACGCUACGUUGACUGUGUGAAUGACAAAACCUUCUUCUGUUAGUGAUAAAAGCAAAACAUCUGAGAAAUGAACUUGAGAUGCGGCGUACUGCACGCGUCAGUGAUUUCUUCGUAUGAUCGUAUGAUUGGUUUUAAAACAAAGAAAAUGAAUGACAGAUUUUAGGCUUUUUCUUGCUGUAACGUUGUUGAUAGAGACAUCCAUCAUACACUUUUUUCUCUUUGAAAGAAAAGCACAUGAAUAAAACCAUUUUUCUGUUUGGAGGACGACAAUCGCGUAUGAAGAUUUUACAACUUACUAUUUCAUAAUGAUAAUGCACGAUGGUUCUCAUGCACAAAAACUUGUGUAAAACACAAAGAAAAGAUCCGAAUCUGCGUAGUUUCAUUUUGCUGUUCGCCUUAUUGCUUCUGAUGUUAUACAGAUUUUUGUACUCGGAUCCAUUGUGCAUUUUAACUGGUAUCCUCAUUUUAUCCUAUAUAGACGAUUGCAACAGAAAGGAAGAAUGAAAGAAUAAACCUCAAAAAAUAGUCGCUAUAUGUAACAGAUGGAUUAACAGAAAUAUUUACCCUUUUUUUUCGAGUAUACUACAUAUACUCAACUUAAGUUAGGAGUCUAUAUUCCUAGUGGAAAGCAAAAACCACUGCCAUGUUUAACAGCAACAUAAAAAGCUUCGUACAGUCUUGUUGCCAUAAAGUUACCCAUGGGGAAAUUUUAGUAGAUAUCGCGGUGUGUACACGCGUGAAAUAUCGUGAAAUGAAUUGUGGUGAACAUCGUAAAAUGGUGUGUGAGCACGCGUGAAAAAUAUAUUCCACUUGUGAGAACAGGUGAACUGGUCACAAAAACAUUUCGCGUCAUAUUUUUUGCACGUGAUCACAGGUGAGAGUCGUGAAGUAUGUAGUGGCCACACGUGAAUUUCUCAUGUUAAAAUUUCCGUAAAAAAAUAUCACGCGUAAAAAUGUUUCCCACUAAUUCCAUUGUGAAAAAUAUCUUCACAUUUAUUCACACGUCAGUUUUUCACGUAAUCCAUUUCGUGAAUAAUAUUCACGCUUAACCCCAAGCGACAGAAUUCUUACGUUUCACGCACGUCCAUGUGAGAAACCUUUUACAGGUGCGAAAUGUCCUGAAGAUUGAGCGAGAAGCAUGAAUACAAAUUUCUCCGAUGUCUUCCCAAAGUUGUACAUACAUACAGAUGAAAACCUUUACUGUAGACCGAAGGUAUUUGCUGUAGGAAUAUGCCUGGGAUCAUCUUGUUCCCCGGGAGGAAGUAUUAACUAAAAAAGUUGGAAACUAAGAAAAAAGAUUUAGGAAGUUCACGAAUAAUCACGUGUGGGAACUUUUUUACACGUGGUAACUCGUGAGGAUUGAUUCGAUAACUAUGAAUACCACAUUUAUUCAGUAGUUUCUCAGGCAAGUUAGCUCAAUAGUAGUAUCGUAGAUUUCUAGUUCAAAGCACCCUGGUUCGACUCUUACUUUGCGGUGAUAUAUAUAAAAUGUGAUAUUUUAGAAACUAGUGGUCACAUGUGGAAAAAGUUAUAGAUGAAGUUGCAUUGAUGAAAUCUGCAUUAUACCUUGACCAUGGUGACCAUGUAUAGUCAGUUGACUAUAGAUGGUCAGCAUGGUCAAGAUUUUUUCACACGUAAUCACGCGUGAAGAUUGUUCACUUGUGUACACGUGUGAAGAUUUUUCACGCGUAGCCACGCGUGUGAUGUUGCAACAACACGACCAAACUAUCGUGAAACUUGCUGUCUUUACCUACAAAAUUUCGUGAAAGUCCAAGCUGACAUUUCACGGUCCCUCACGCGUGAAAAGUCGAUAAAAUUUCCCCAUGGGUAGACUUAGUUAAGUCGAGUACUUAAGAAGUUUUAUGAAACACCCUCCAGGAAAUCAAGAAGAAAGGUUUUGUUUUAGUUGUCAAAGUGUUUUCAUGAAUUGUUUAGACAAAUAUUCAGUUAAGUGUAUGCUGUAUUUUUCACAAUAAAAAAGAAUUGUUGAUAUACAUUAACUGGUGUCCUAGAAUAAGUUGCACUAACUCUUGGUGUAUUUUUUUCUCAAUUAUAAAAAAGAUCCUUUUAUAUACCAAACGAUAGACAAUUUAAUUCUCUACAAGAUUGUAUAUUUAUUUUUAAGAUUCAUCGUUGAUGUUUGACACAGUAACUCUAGCAAGAUUAGUUUCACAUUUUUUAACCGCACCUUCAGAAAGUCGAUUUUUUGCGCAAAACCUUGCUAAAAAUGAUUUAUUCAACAAAACAAGGUAUACCGAAAAAUUCAUCAAGAAAUUUUCUACAAUAUGAUGAGUUUUUUAAUGAGAAAUAAUGGUUUUUCAGAUGAAAUCGGAGCGAAAAAGAGUCUUUGAAAAAAAUCAUUUUCUCGUAUUUUUCGGCCACUUUAGUGUCACCCAGUCUUUCCUAGUUUUUCAGGUAAAAAACGUAGCAGGUUUAUUUGUAAGUUACACAGUCUAACAGGGCACGAAAUUCUGCAUUUUUUAGUCUAUAAACUAAUAAUUUGAACUUUAGAUUUUAUACUAGAAUAGUCAAAACCUUUUUCUAGUGCUAGAAACUUCGAUGGAUUUGAAAGUUUAUGUAUUAAAGCCGCUAGCAAUUGAAAUAAAUCCACUUUUUUUUAAACUCUUUUGUAAAGCAUAAAAUUCUUCACUGUUUGACGGUAAUAAAACUACCACAAUUUUUUUUGUACUCGUUAUAAACAAUUAAAACAAGAGAGCAAUUUGCACUUGCGUGGUUUUGCCAAAUAUCAAAGAUAAAUCUUAAACAUAAAUAUACAAUCUUGUAGAGAAUUAAAUUGUCUGUCGUUUAGUAUAUAAAAGAAUAUUUUUAUAUAUAUAGGAAAUGAGAGAAAAAUGCAUCAAGAUUUAGUGCAAUUUAUUCUGGGACACCCGUUAAAGGCCUAGUGUGUGAUAGAAAAGAAAAAAUGUGCCCCUGGUGAGAUUCGAACUCACGGUCUCCGCAUUACUCCAAUACUGUUGUAUAAGUACGGCGCAUUAACCGGCUAUGCAACAGGGGCUUAGAUUUCACAUUUAAAAUCUGUAUGUAUAUUUUCGUAGAAAGAGAAUAAAAUUUUUACUUUUUAGGUAUGUGUGAUCGUCCAUUUACAAUUGAAAAUCGUUCAGAAAUUUUAGAUAUUACUGCAUUUAAUUAUGGCGAUGAAAAUGUGGCAGAAAAAGUUCGAGAUCCACAACGUACUCCGAUGCAAUGGACUGCCGAUGAAAAUGCAGGUUUUACUUUGCCUUCAACAAAACCCUAUUUACCUCUGUCGUCGAAUUAUAUUAAUGUUAAUGUUGAGAAACAAUUAUGUGAUGAACGUUCACAUUUAAAACUUUAUCGUCAAUUAGUCAAACUGCGAGAACAACCACCAUUUUACGGUGGUAACUAUAAAGUUGUCCUUGUUAAUAAAGAUAUAUUUUCAUUUAUUCGAUUUAUUAAUGAACAAUACCCGGUAUAUUUGAUUAUUUUGAAUGUAAAUGGUUCUGAGAAGAAAUCGGUAUAUACAUGUAACUUUGGAAAAGAGUUAAAAAUAAAAGAUGGCAAAGUGGAGGUUGUGGUACGAUCGAACAAUAUUCAAUCGGAUUCUCCACUUGCGACAGAAGGAAAUUUGUUGGAUAUUAGUUCAAUACCAUUAGGGUCGUCUGAAGCUGUUGUUGUAAAAUUAGUCCAAUGCGAUAAUCUUUCUCACUGUUUUAAAUUUUAA